AAGGGACAACACACUUUCUAAGUGGAGCUGAUCCUCCCACUUCCACUGAAACUCCAAAAUCCAAGAAGAUCGAAAUGGUGACUCUUCCACUGAACCCUUAUCACGCAUUACCAUCUCUCUCACUCUCUUCUAAGCUGAAUUGGAACUCUACAUGCCCCCAAAACCUUAAAGCCUUCAAGCGUCUAUGCUGCAACAGAGGGAAAAUCAAAGCUGUGGGAACGGGAACGAUUUCCGGGAGUGAAUCAGCAGAGCAAGUUACAGCUACAGAAGAAUCUCCUUCCAUCGAUUUCGCAUUUGUCAGUCCUGUUCUACUUCCGGAUGGAACGCCGGACAUACACCUUCGGUCGGCUUGUGGUGGGCAGAAACUCAGAGACAUCAUGCUGGAUAACAAUAUUGAUCUCUACGGCCCCAGUGCCAGACCCCUGUUAAACUGUGGAGGAGGAGGAACAUGUGGAACGUGUCUUGUAGAGGUUGUUGAAGGAAAGGAAUUACUAAGCCCUCGUACAGACAAGGAGAAAGAAAUCCUAAGAAAGAAACCAAAGAAUUGGAGACUCGCUUGCCAAACAAUAGUUGGAAAUGGAAAUUCUAAGGGCCAGGUUGUCAUCCAACAACUCCCUGAGUGGAAGGCACACGAAUGGGUUUAGAUAAAGAAAGCUGCAGUUUGGUUUGGGUACAUCAAUGAUCUAAUCAAUACAGACAAAGCAAUUCAUCAUUUCAAAUAGAAAUGGCCAGGAUCUAUCUCUAUGCAAUCUCAAUCCAGAUCAAUGUUGUUGAUUAGAAAAGAAAAAACCCCUUCACCAUUUUCAUUGCAAGUUCUUGUAUAUGUAAAAUUACUAGGAGAUUUUUUUCUGUACAAUAAAAAAAAAAAGAGUGCCGAUUCUACAGUUUUGGGAUUGCAAGUGCAAUAACAUGUUUUAGGGCUAAUAUAACACCACAUCCUGCAUAUACGGGUUCUUCUGUAGACCAAUAAGCAAUUGGGCUUUCAGAUGGUCAUGUAACUUUAAUUUGGGGCUUAGGCCCAUUAAUUCAUUCUCUUGAUUUCCUAGAGAAUCA